AUUUCUUUUGUAUUUCUGCGUAUUUUUUGUAAUUUGGCAGCACUGUCAACAUGUAACUUGUGCAGCGUUGAGAGUUUUAUAAGAUGUUCAGUUCUGCUCCAAAAGUGACUGUUUUCGGUAGACACUACGUGACCGUAUCUUCGCGUGGGACGUCCCACUUGUCUCUUGAGUCCAUAACAAUCAAGUCACAGAUAAGGGGAACAAGCACGACCCUCCUGUGGGCAGUGUCUCCUCAGACUUUCCACCUAGACACUGUUCAUAUCAACGGGACUGUUCAUACACAUUUUUGUACGGUGAAUAUUUCUCAUCAGUAAACGAAACGCUCGAGCCGUCAAACUCCGCUUUGAGAUAAGGACAUUAAUGGGACAUGGAGAUGGCUUCUACAUCAGCAUUAACAGGAGGACCAGCUAUGACCUCUGAUUCAGAGCUCUCAUGCCUCGGAGGCAUCGAAGCCUUGAAGUUGAAGGUGGGGCCGGUUCGAAGGAAUCUCUUCGGGCCUGUUGACCACCAGCAGCUGCAACAGGACUUCCAGAGGCUUCUCUGUAUGAGUGUGGAGGUGGCUAACAAGCGCUGGAACUUUGACUUCCAGAGCGACAAGCCGGUACAGGGUUCCAGCAUUGAAUGGGUGGAGCUCAGGUGCCAAGACGUCCCUUCAUUUUACCGCAGCUGCAUGGUGCAACCAGCGGGGAGGCCUGGAACUGGGCUGACAAAGGAUUCAUGGAGGACAUCGACUUCAUCAGGCGAGGGCUCCCCCAUGUCCAGCAGCUCAUCUGGAUCUGGGGAUGAAUACCUAGAAGUCACAGCCAGGAGUUGCUACCGGCUUCAGAGGCUGGGGAAACGCAAACAAUCUGCCAUAACAGAUUUCUUCAAAGUGAAGAAGAGGAGACUUCUUCAUUACAAAGCAUCUUUUGUACAGUAGAAAAACACGACAGCAUACCUUGAAAGAUCAAUAAGUGGUCGACAUCCCUCCACUUAUCACCUCUCACAGAUCAGAUGUAUAUAUGUAGCAAAUUGUGACUGUUCACAAGCUCACACAUGCGUGGACUUCAAAGUGUCACCUUCUACAUGCCUCUAAUUCCUCAGAACGAAGAAGCUACUUUUUUCCUAGGUAAUCAAGCUCCUGCUCUAGAAAUAUUUUUGUAUAAAUAUUAAGUAUACUGUACAUUCUAUAUACUGUUUUACUCAGCUUUUGAAUAUACUGUGAAAUAAUUUUGAAUGCACUCUUCCGGGUUACUAGAACAGAAAAAGUCUCUAGUUCCAAUAGGUUAAUUUUCUUUAUGUAUAGUAUUUGUCCUCAGCCCCUGACCCUGUUUUCUCCCUGUUGCUACAAGUCAUUGGAGCUUUUGACCUCACAUAGCCUUUAGUUUAACCCCACAACUCUAAAAGCUUGGAUUGGACUAUGGGUCAAAAUUUCACCUAAGGUUCAAAAUGUGGCAGCAUGACUGUCAUUACCUCCAGGUUAAAGGUUAGAUGUGGAGGUUGGGCUCUUAAGAACAAUUAAGAUUUAAAUUCUGAGAAAAAAUAAUUAUUAUUCCUAUUUAUUUAUCUUUCAUGAUGCUAGAUCAUUGUGAAGAUGAAAAAGAGUAAAAGAAUAGACAUGUAAUAUUUAAAACGAGGUAAAAGUGCCACCGGCCCUAGAUUAUGCCUUCGAUUAUCACGGCUCAUGUGCACUCCAAAGGGUGUACUUUGAAGAGUAAACACCAUCACAACAUAGCAAAUAAUGUACAAAUGAAAUACUACAGUAUAUAUGUUUUUAUUUUGCUUUAUAGUAUAUGCAGAACUGGUUUGUAGAAAAAUCUUUUUUUUUGGUAACAAAAUGUAGCAUUUCUCACUUGCCUUCAUGUGAUGUCCAUCUUGUAGGUCUUAAAUGUGCCUCUUUUACUCCAUGAAGGGAAUUAUUAUUAUAUUUUACCACAGUGUUGCAGCUCAGAGGGGUCAACCCUUUUGCUUCCACUUUGUGUUAAAUAAGUUUUUCUAAAUAUAAGAGUGUGGUGGUGUCACAUUGCAGUUUUAUAAGUGUUUGUAUUGUAUGUACAUAUGCAUGUGUGCGAAUGUUGUUCAGCGUCUUGAGCUUUUUCACCAGUUAUAAAGGUUGUGGUAGCUGAGGCAGUCCAACCAAAGCAGUUGCUUGGUCAUUAAGCCAGAAUAAUAUGCUUUCCAGGUCUGAUUUUUUUUUUUUUUUUUUUGUCACAGAAGCCAGCCAACAUCUUCAAAUAUGUCAUUAGCACUUUAAAUUUAAAAAAAAUAAUUUAAGUUUGCUUCAUUUUUAUGAUUCAGACUGCACAAUCCCCAUUUUUUGCCUUUUUUUCUUUUGUCUUUUUUUUUUUCUUGCGACAGUAAAUUGUAUGGAUUCAUCCACUUUUACUACCUCAUGAACUUAUAACACAAGUAAACAUACAGGUAAAAAAAAAUAAUAAAAUGCAGCUCAGGUUGUUUUUACAGGCAGGAAAUCAAGACAGACAGACUCUGUUGUGGUAAAAUAUCAGGUAGUGUGUCAGAGCAGGGCCUCUUUCCACGCAGAGGAAACUCUCAUCCCCUGAGAGGCUCGGGUGGGUGGGUUUGUUCUGCAGACAGCUUUUGUUGUCUGUCGCUCUCAUCGCUUCACUUUACUGUGACAACUUUCCCAGCAUAGGCAGGGCAGAGGGACAGUGUUGGGAAGGACAAGGAGAAGGGACAAACUUGAAGAGAAUCUUCAUGAGAAAACAUGUCACUUCAUUCCUUUCCAUGAAGAGAUGUUUCCAGCCGGGCAAGUUGCCUCUGAGUCAGACGUGCUUUUGUGUGGCAACGUUUUAAGUCAUUCUGUCUAUAAACCAGCUGCCUUGCUGUCUGCAGGAUAAGCAACAACAGAAAUGGCUGUUUAAAAACAAAUAGUCUAGAUUACUUGCUUACUUACCUGCUGUGUGUGUGUGCUUUUAAACUUUCAGAGUAUAUUAACUUAUUCUGAGUUUUUGUCAUUUUGUAGGGAAAUAAUUAAAUACUCCCUAUUUUUCUGCUAUAAUUAAUUGUAUUAUCUCUGAAACCAUAUCUUUGCACUACUGGAAACUUUGAUGACAGAAUAUUUUUGUAAUGGUAAUCAUAAAAAGAAAAAAAACUAAACAUAUUUAGAAUUUUUUUUUAUCAGACUAUUUCUCUAUUAUAUGUGGUUGUCCACAUUGCAUCAUUGGUAUCUUUUAAGUUGUAGCCUGGUUUUUCUUAAUUCCUCCACCGAGAAGUAAAUUUUUAACAAAGGAAUAAAACUCAAUCACAUUAAGUGUUCAUCUCACCGUGCUAAAGCAAUACUUGCCAAUUCAUUUCUUGCAGCUAUGUGUGUGGAGUUUUUCACUUUGUAUAUGCAUGAAUAAUAUGGCAAUACCUGUAUACUGUAUAAUGUAAUUAUAAUUUAAUACUGAUUUAUGUAUCCUUGCAACAUGUGCAAUGUGUAACAGUUAUAUAAGUUCAUAGUCUGUCUGACAGUAAUAUUUGUAUAGAAAAUGUUAGAAGACUAAUGUUGAGUUGUUGGUGCACUGUUGCCUUUCACAAUGUUGAUUUUAUAUAGUGUGUUGAAACAAAUUAAAAAAUGAACAGAUUAUAAUGAUAUACACAAAAACACUGGUCU